AUGAUUAACCAAAGCCAAAAAUAUGGAACUGCUUUAAUCAGCCAUUUGAGCCAAAUCUUUGAUAGUGAACUUUCCCAUAAUGGUUUGUAUAAUAAGUAUGUUUCAAUCAGAAAAACCUUUCUUGAGGAAGGCGUAACUUAUAAAAGGCAGUUUUUACUUCAUGCUCUUUCAAGAACACCUGAAGUACGAGAAAUGCUUUCAGAUUCAUAUAUUAUUAUCAACCAAGUAGCUGAUAUUUUGCUGCUUAAUGAAGUUGAAAUAAUAUACUGAAGCUUCUUGAUAGAAACUGCGUCAUUAACUGAAAGAAAUAACAACCCUAUUUAUGUUCUUCUUUUCACAGGAUUAAACUCCAAAAAAGCUCUAAACGAUGACGUUGAGUCAAUUGAAUUCAUUUUGAGUCUGAUGGUUCCUGAAUUUGCUUCAAAUUUUGAUUAUUGGACUCUUAUGUCUGAUUCAAUUGAGCCUGAUAUUCUUCAACUAAAUAUUAAGCAUAAUCAACUAAUAUCGCAGCCUUACCCUAAAACUAAAAAAAACUACAACUUGAUGGUAGAAGAAAUAUGCGAGUCGGGGAGAUGGAAUAAAGCAAUAUGGGAUCCUAUUGAUGCAUAUAUUUGAUCAGUAGUGGAAAAUAAUCCUAAAGAAGACGUUGAACUUUCCUGACAUAACGAUAAUUUUGACCAAAUUUUUUGUGAAAGAGAAACAAGCCCAACUAAAUACUAG